CAUGAGUGGUUACGCCUCUGACGUCAUUAUUUUUCAUGGCGGCAAAUUUUGUCAACAAAGUUACCUGUUUUUGGAUGGAUUAGGGUUAUCUUAUUUACAAUUUGAAGCUGUUAGUUUUUGUAAGCCAUGGAGAAGGAUCCUGUAAAACAAAUACGAAAAUAUCAGAAGCAGAGAGUGAAAUGUCAAGAAAAAGGAAAUUUAAAAGAAGAAGCUGAAAUACUGAAUGUUCUUGGAGAACUCCAUACAGAACUUGGUGACCACGAAGAAUCUUUAACACUGCACAAAGAAGAGUUGGGUCUGUGUCGAGUCUCUGAAGAUAAGAUUGGACAAGCUGUUGCCCAUAGAAAGAUUGGAGAAUGCUUCGCAGCUCUUGAAAAUUACACGAAAGCUUUGCAACAUCAACACAGACAUCUGGAACUUGCUAAAGUUGCCGAGAAUCUACCUGAACAACAACGCGCAUAUACUACCAUAGGAAGAACUUAUUUGAUCCAAGGAGAGGACUUGCAUAAUGCUGGAUCGUUUGAAGAAGCUAGACCACUGUUCAAGAAGGCCGAAACGUCCUUUCAAAGCAGCCUUCGUCUUUCCCAAUCAAUACAAGAAUCAAAGACUCUAUCAGAGAAAGAAGUUCAUCAAAUGAAAACAAGAAGCAUCACAAACCUUGCGUUGGCGUAUCAUUAUAUUUCAUUGGAAAAAUAUGAGAAAAAUGAUGGAAUUUAUGCGAAACAGAGUCUGGCUUUGUUUCAAAAAGCUUUGAAUAUCUCACAAAAGUACAUGUUGGCAGCAGAAUCUCACCAAACGAACAUAUUGCUAACGUCGUACUAUCGAAAUAGACUACAACCAGACUUAGCGAUACGUUAUGCAGAAGAUGCAUGCAGGAAUGCUAAGGUUGCCAGAAAUAUACAAUGGCAAAUUGAAGCCCUUAAUGUCUUGGGAGAAAUUCAUCUUACAACAGGGAACUGUAAAUCUUCUAAGAAAUCUUUGAAAAAGAGUUUUCGUUUGAUAAAUUCAUCAGAACAGAAGACUGAAGUCAGAGAAAAACUCAAGUCUGUCGUAAAGAUCAACCAUCUACAGUCAAAGAUAAAAGACAGUUUAACUACGGCCGAUGAAAAAUUUAAACUACAUGAUAUUGUGGCCGAUAAGUUCUGUGACUUGGGCUGCUAUCAAGCUGCAAUUGGACAUUAUAAACAACAGGAGUUAUUGUUCCCACUUCUCGAUACAGUCACAGACAAGCAGAAAGCUUCUGUAUAUUAUUCUCUUGCAUUAACGAACUCAGAUCUCAAUAACUAUGAGACGGCUAUCGAGUAUUAUAAGAAAGAAAUGGAGUUUUAUACUGAACCAAAAGAGCUAUCCAAAACCUGGACACAGAUUGGAAUAUGUUUAGAAAAGUUAUCAAAACCUCCAGAAGAAAUUGAAGGUUGUUAUAACAAGGCAAUUGAAUAUGCUGAGAAGUCAAAGGAUUGUAAAUUGCAGCUUAAAGUCCUGAAUCUUCAGCUUGAUAUCCAAGUGAAAUCCAAUCUGCCUUCAGCAGAUGAAACGAGAAAAAAAAUAUCAGAAAUUCAGAUGAAAUCGGGAAUUCUUGUUCUUGAUAAUGAAGAGGAUUCAGAAGAUAUUUGUGGCAAAGGGAGUGGGGAGGCUGCAGCACCAGAAGAAAUUCAAAAUGAAACGAGUUUCGAUAUUCGGGACGAAGACAGUGAAGAUCUGCUUGAGAAAGAGUUAGAGAACGUUUCAUCAGAUAACUCAGACACAGAAGAGACUCGUAAAAGUAGAAUCACAAGCAAAGUCUGGAAGAGAAAGUUGAAUGAAAAAGGUGAAACCCCGCUACAUAGAGCUUGCAUCGAUGGCCAUAUGAAGAGAGUUCAACUAUUACUUGAACAGGGUCAUCCUGUGAACGAACCAGACUAUGCAGGAUGGUUGCCGUUACAUGAAGCUUGUAAUCAUGGAUUCGUAGAAAUAGUUCGACUUCUAAUAAACCACGGUGCAAAUGUAAACUACCCUGCUAAAUGUGGAGGAACAACACCUAUGCAGGAUGCUGCAACCAACGGCCAUCUAGACAUUGUAGCUUUGCUGCUUGAGAAAGGUGCUAAUCCUAGCAUCAAGAAUAAAGAGGGUGAAACGCCAAUCAAUGCCUUAGAAUCCUGGUUUUCAAGAAGUCGAAGCCAGCUGGACUCGUACGACAUCGAAUCUUACAGAAAAAUCCAUGAAAGCCUACUGAAAGCGGCCACUAGUGGGGGACAUAAAGAGAAUACGGUGCCGAGUUCAGAUUUAAGCGUCGCUCUUGGGAAUAUGGAUGACCUGUUCGACUCUGAAAUUUCCUCUCAAAAAACUAUUGAAGCCGGGGGAGGACUUACGCAGACUUAUAAUAGGGGAAUCCCCGAAAAUAUUUUUACCCCCUACUCUGAAAAUUCUACAAAACCUUCACAAAACUCUGCCUAUGUCCAUGAAGUUGAAGAUUUGCCAAAUUUUUCUCAAAAUAUUGAUGAUUUUGGUGAUCUAGACCCAAAAUAUGAUGAAAAUGACUUAAAUUUUAGUGACAGUCAGAUUUUACCUACCUUGGAAUCAAGGACAAGAAUUUCAAAAGUACGACUGUCUCAAGGUGGCGAUAAAGAUUCUUUUUUUGACGGUGCUGGGGAGUACCAACAAGCUAUGAAUAGUUUGGGCGGGUCCGAAGCACUAGCCCGUUUAUCAAACGGGGUUAAAUCCUCUCGCGCCCCCAAACGACCUUCAACUGAUGGAUUUGACCUUGUAAAACAAGGUCUUGUGGGUGAAGAUGAUUAUACGGGUGAAGAUUGGCUCAUUGAUGAUACAGAUGACGUGGGUUCGAACCCCAGUCUCACCACUCAAAUGAGACCCCCAAAGCGACCCAAAACAGUACACUCAACAAAUACAGGGCAAACAAAUUUUGGUACUUACGGAUGGAAACAGUCGAAUUCAGUGAAAAAGUCAUUAAAAGACACAAAUUCGGGCAGUUUUUCAUCCUCGUUUCUAAAUCGAAGCAGUAUUAGAAAUAAAACCCAACCAAAGAAAUUAAUAACUACAAAAAUAAAAGAUUUUAUGCCAGAACCUCUUAUCAAUGAUGACAUCACUAUUGACGAUGAUGAUGUCAUGAGAAUUCCCAGUGUUCCCAAUGAUAUUCCCAGUGUUCCUUCUACAAGUUUUAUCACUCCAAAUCCCCCAACAACUCAGCCAAUAACGACACAGCCGACUCAAACUAUGAGAGUAAAAGUUAAAAUAAAUGGAAAGAUGUUUUUGAUUGCUGUGCCCGGCAGCACAAAAACGAUUUCCUGGCUCUGUGAGAGAGCUGCAACUGUUUAUAAACAAAACACUGGUCUUCUACCUAAGCUUACACUCUAUACUGGAGGAUCAGUCAAUGAGGAAGAUGCUUGUCUUCUUUCUAAUGAUGAUUUAGUCAGCGAUGCCCUUCAAACCAAUGAGCAUGUCACUGCCAAGAUCUCAGCCUGGGAGAAGACGCCUCUGUCUCAGAAAUAUGAAGAAGCUUGCAAGGAAAAUAAUCAAGUUACCAACCCAACAAUCCUUAACGCCUGUCACCAAAGUGUCAGUACCGGGAAGGUAGAUCUGAAAAAUUCUGGGCUAUCAAGCUUGCAUCUGAAAACAUUGGUUUCAAGUCUGACGCAUCAGGAAAUUACAUCCAUUCUGUUGCCAGGCAACUGUUUACAUGACGAUGGAGUUGCCACCUUGUGUGAAUCGUUACAAAGACACAUGACCUUGACAUGCCCUUCAAAUUCUUUUAAUUCAACCCUCACUGAAUUAGAUUUGAAAUGUUCGAAUCUAACGCAACAUGGUUUAAGAAGAUUGGCACAAGCUGCCGAAAGUGGGGCUUUGAAGCAACUUCAAACACUGGACAUCUCUUACAAUCGGUUUGGAGAUUCAUGCUUAGAAAAUCUGGCAACCCUGAUCAAAUCUGUCACCAGUUUGAAACGACUUUCACUGUCAAGAUGUAGAUUCACAAAUAAAUUAUUUGAAAAUAAUUAUCUGGCUUUCAAAGCUGCAAUGCAAGGUCACAUGCUUCUGUCAACACUAGAUGUCUCUCACAAUCAAAUUGGAUCAGUCGGAGUUGAACUUUUACUUAAAUCUCUCCCUCAUUCUACUCUGACAGAUUUGAAUAUUUCUGGCACGUGUGAUGCUGCUAAUAACUUGUUGCUAAUGAGGCAUGUCAUCAACUAUCUCAAACAGGAAGGCUGCAAUCUUCAAGUGUUGCAUCUGGCUGCCAAUCAUCUCAAUUUUGAGAUGAUAAGUGAACUUGCUAGAGAAUUAACCAAAAUUCAACAACAACUACCUCUUCAAUCGUUAAAUAUUUCCAAAAACCUUCUAAACUCUUCCAUGGAAUUAAAGAUCACAUCUUUGUUGAAUCAGAUUCCAAGCAUUGCAGAGAUCAGCGUUAAUCCUUGCUGCCACAAGUGGAAAGCUAAUAUAAUGUCAAUCAAAGCUUCAAAAACUGGAAAUCAUAUGACUCAUAGAGGACGAUUAUUAUUUGCUUAACAAGGUUGAUUAAAUCGAGUUUUAUUUAUUUACAUUUAGAAAAAAUAUUGAUAAUAGUAAAAAAGUGUAGUCAGCCCAACGUUUUAUUUUGUAUAAUGACGUAAUACAAUGCUCACUUGUGCCUUUUGCAAAAUUGCAUUUUAAAAAAAUGUUUUUUUUUUUUCUGGAGGGAGGGGGGUCUUCAUGGCCCAUCAGGCCCCCCAGCUAUGCCUAUGUAGGGGUUGAGAACCAGUGCCCUAGGCAAAACAAUAUCAAUUUGAAGAUAUAUGUCGUUUUAUCGGAUAAUUUUUGUUUUGAGGCACAAUCAGUGGCUUCUUACUUAGAGCCUUGUUCAAAGCAAAGGUUGUAAGUGUAGAGCAGAAAUUUAUCAUUUUUGAUUUGACGAAUGUUGUGUAUCUGAUAUCUUGUUUUUUUUUGCUCUAUGAGUUCUCUUUUGCAAAAAUAUAAUCAUUUCCAUUCAAUACAUUUCUUAUUCAUCGCAUUGAAAUCAUAUGUUAUGCUUCAUGGGAAAUCAGGGUGGGCGUUCCCAACUUUGUUUGCGCUGCUCUUACCGAGACUACAGCACAAUUAAGGCACUUUAAUAAUCGUUGCAAAUAUU